CUUGCUGUGCUUGGCUGAGUCAGUCUGUCGGAGUCUGUCCUCUGAGCAGGCGGAGUGAAGGGGCUUUGCAUAGCCAGCUGACCGAUUAUUGUUUCCCCUCCCUCUCUCCCGCCCCACAUCUCUCUUCACCCCACUCCCGCCCUUGCCUGUGCAGCCAUGGCGGAGUUGUCGGCGGCCACUCAGUCCCCGUCCGUCUCCUCGUCGUCCUCCGGGGCCGAGCCGCCCGCGCCCAGCGGCGGCGGGAGUCCAGGAGCCUGCCCCACCCUGGGGGCGAAGAGCUGCGGUUCCUCGUGUGCGGAUUCCUUUGUUUCUUCCUCUUCCUCUCAGCCUGUAUCUAUAUUUUCGACCUCACAAGUGCACGAUCUGAUUUUCUGGCGAGAUGUGAAGAAGACUGGAUUUGUCUUUGGCACCACAUUGAUCGUGCUGCUUUCCCUGGCAGCUUUCAGUGUCAUCAGUGUGGUUUCUUACCUCAUCCUGGCUCUUCUGUCUGUCACUAUCAGCUUCAGAGUAUACAAGUCUGUCAUCCAAGCUGUGCAGAAGUCCGAAGAAGGCCAUCCAUUCAAAGCCUACUUGGACUUGGACAUCACUCUGUCCUCAGAAGCGUUCCAUAAUUACAUGAAUGCUGCCAUGGUGCAUGUCAACAGGGCUCUGAAGCUCAUCAUCCGUCUCUUUCUGGUGGAAGAUCUGGUGGACUCCUUGAAGUUGGCUGUGUUCAUGUGGCUGAUGACCUACGUCGGUGCCGUUUUUAAUGGAAUCACCCUCCUGAUUCUUGGUGAGCUGCUUGUUUUCAGCGUCCCAAUUGUCUAUGAGAAGUACAAGACCCAGAUUGAUCAUUAUGUUGGCAUUGCCCGGGAUCAGACCAAGUCAAUUGUUGAAAAGAUCCAAGCAAAACUCCCAGGAAUUGCAAAAAAAAAGGCCGAAUAAGCACAUGGAAAUCAGAAAUGCAACAGUUACUAAAACAUCAUUUAAUAGUUAUAAUGUUGUUAUUUGUACCAUGAAGGAACAUGGUCAGUGUCAGCUUGAGCCUGCAUUCCAAGCUUUUUUUAAAAAAAUUGGUGUUUUCUUCCCUCCUUUCUCUUUACCCCCCAGUAUCAAGCACAAGAAAUGUUAGAUUGAAAAAAAGAGCUGAUACUUUAGAGCCCAAAAGAAUAAAGUAAGAAAUUAGUAGACUAAAUAUACCUUAAUGGUGAUGGAGCUUUUACAUAGAAUGAAAGAGGAGAACAAAGGUGAGAACAUGAAUGAUGGAAUACAUCUUUCAGGUCCUUCUAUCCAGUUUUCAAGGACUAGUCUUACGCAGCGCCAUUGUAGUUUCACCUUUAUUUUUAAGUUAAGGAAUAAUUAACUAAUGAAACUAUUUGAGGACAGAAAUGGGAUUCCUUCCCUUGGAUUUAAAGGGGCCCUCCCAUCUUCCUGCCUCACACCACUCCUAAUAUUCUUCUUAUAAGGAUCACUUCAAACUCUGAGUACCUUGUAGGUGAUGGUAGUAACUCCUUUUUCCCAGAAUGCCCUCUGUGAAGGGUGGAAAAAGAAACUGGGAUAGGUGCAAGGAGGGAGUUGGCAGGGCUAGGUGCAGGUACAGGUGGGCUGCCCAGCCUGCUGCUCAUCUUUAGGGCUAGAGGGCUCUGCUGGCUGGGAGAGGGGCGUCCCUGUCAUCCGUUUCUCUUGGAUGCUGGUACUGAGCAUUCAUGGGAGAAUGUACUCUCGAAUGUGCUUCCCCCUCUUUCCUGCCCACCUCACCUUGAGUUUAAUAAAUAUGGUUGUACUCUUAUUAUGAAAUGUCUGUAACUGCUGUACACUGCUGUAAAAUUGUUAGAGAAAAAUAAUCUGCAUGUGUGCUCCCCAGUUAUUGUAAUCUUAUCUCAGUCUGUGGGGGGGAAACAUUGUAAGAGGUAAACGUACAGAAACACAAAAAGCCUUUUUUUCCCUACCACUUCUCAUGUGCUGCAUCUUUAGCAUUUAUUUCUCAUCAGUUCAGCCUAAGGACCAAAAACCUGCUGGCUUGAGAUCAUGUGCAUUUGUGGUUCAUGUGGCAUUUAGUUGCUCCGAGACAACCUUAUAGUGUGUCAUUGUGCAAGUUCUUCCCAUUUUCAUAAAAUGGCUCAGCACCUCUGCAUGGCCCUGGACCUCUGGAGAGUAUUUUCCAGGCAGUUUUAGGUGGAGGUGACUGGGCAAGGCCAGAGUGUGCUGAUGGAUUUUGUAUAGUUUUAGAACAACAGAGCAACUCGUGUUGAUGCCAUGUGGAAUGGGUCUGGGACUAGGUUUCUUUUUGCCCUUCCACUUGGACUUUGGUCAACUCAGUAGUAGUUGGAGUCACAGGAGUUCUCAGGUUCAAGAGUUCUUAACUUGAGGAGUUCUCAGGUUGUAGCUCAUAGUCCUACCCACUCAGAAGGGAUCGUGAGCCAGGACUUUUUAUGUAAAGGCUAUAAUAAAUACUUGACAGCCCCAAAGUACUGCAACACUAUAGAAAGUGAUGGGAAGAAUUUUCUUUCUACUCUUUUUGGAAAGUUACUUAGGAACUUAAAUGAAUAAGAGGUACCCUUGCCUUACUCCAUUUUCUCAGCUUCAUUUCCUUUUCAAUUUAAUAGCUUUUUGUGUAGUCGGAAAGUCACUCUCCAUCACCAUCUUUUGCCCUCGUAGAAGGUGGUGCACUGCUGGACCCCUCCAAAGGACCUCUUUCAGUACUGGAAGCUGCAACACCCUGCUCUUCUCUUUUGUUGCUGCUGUGUUAAGUGGAGAGAUCUUUAUUCCACAAAGGAUUUUUUUUUUUAAGAAAAACCUCUAAACAAAUUACUAAUGAAAUUGUGUGUGCGUGUCUGUGCGUGCAACAUAAAAAUACAGUAGCGCCCAAGGAGCUUGAAUCUUGGUUCCUGUAAACUGCAAAUUGAUGUGGUUAAUUUAAAAAUAAAAAACACAAUGACUGUG